AUGACUUGGCCCAUAUAUGGUGCGGCUGCAUUCGUUGACCCGGAAGCAAACAUCAUGAAGCAGUCAAGGAAGGAAAGCGGUCAGGAAGUCCCGGAGGAGUGCCUUGCGAAGGUCAUCGGCCUGACCUCGCCUGCCGACGCCUGCCGCGCCACCGCGGUAUCCGCGGCCUUCCAGUCGGCGGCAGACUCUGACGCCGUGUGGGAGAGGUUCCUGCCGCUGGACUGCGACGCCGUCCUGGAGCGGGCCGUCCACCUCGUGGAUUCCUCCUCCAAGAAGGAGCUCUUCAUGGACCUCAGCGACGACCAUGUCCUCCUCGACGGCGGCAAGAGGAGUUUUGGGCUCCACCGAUCGAGCGGCGCCAAGUGCUACAUGCUAUCUGUGAGUGAGAUGGGAAUCGCUUGGGUUACAGCAGAUCUGUACUGGAUAAAGAGGUCGGACCCAGAUUCAAGGUUCUCCAAGGUGGCAGAGCUCAUGUCAGUGUGCUGGUUCAGCAUCUCCGACCGCAUCAGCAGCAAGGAGCUCUCACCGGGCACCCAAUACGCGGCCUACCUUGUGUACAAGCUCACUCAGGACGCAUCCGGUCUCAGCUCCCCACGGCAGAUAUCGUUCAUUGAGGUAGGUGGGCAGCUAGUUGGGAGCAUCCACCCGGCGUCUCUCCAUCCCUGCGACCGUUGUUCCUGCGCCACACGUGAUGGCGAGUCGUCAUCGUCGUCGACGACGUCCACAACGAACGUUGCCGCCGUACAGGUGCACGAGCACAUGAAGGAUGAAGGAGGCCUCAUUGUCAGGUACCCGCGGCAACGGGUCGACGGCUGGUUGGAGUUCGAGAUAGGUGACUUCCACACAGGUGAUGAAGCCGCGGCUGCAGUAGACGUUUUGAUGGUGCUGCAAGAGCUUGAGGAGCUGCAGUGGAAGAAGGGGCUCAUCAUCGAAGGCAUUGAGAUAAGGCCGAGAAACUAA